AUGCUUGAUCCUCCUAGAGACAGGCAGGGCUUUCCCGAAGCUGCAGGACGCGGGGAUUUUGUAGGUUCGGGACAAAGCGGAGGAGGUUCGGCGAGAGGAGGAGCAGGUUCGAGGGGGAGAACCGACUCCGCCUAUGGAGUCGGGGACGGAGGCGGAAGCGGAGAAGGAGGCGGAGCAAGCGGAACAGGACCUCCUGCAUUGCCCGCGCGCGGAGGAGGUCGAGUGUCCGCUAUCCGCAGCUUCUUUCCGCGCAGCCGGUCGGUGUCCGUGGAUUAUUCCGCCUCUUCCUCCUCUCCUCUAGGUAUCCCCGGAAGCAGCGCCAGCUCCAGGCGCAACUCCGAAUCCGAAGAUCCCCGCCGAUCCUCCCCCCUCGGGUCCCCUGGGGGGCAGCGCGGCGGGGGAGGCGGAACGGCGGGGGACCCGCGGCAAGCGUCCCGACCUCCACCGCGCUACGAUCCGCGCAUGGGUCGGCAUUGUUCCCCCCUCGGCGGUUCCGCGCUGUCCCCCGCUCCCCGCCCCCCAUCCCCGCUUCUCGAGUCAUCGUUCCCCGUCUCAGCAAUCCAAUCAGACCCUAGCGCCACCGCCGCCGGCGGCGAUGGAGUAUCCGGGAGACCAACGAACAGUUCCGUUCAACAGCUGCGGUCGAACCGCCACCUACGCACACAUUCGGUCGACGUAUCGUCCAUCGAUUUCGCCUUCCACGUUCCCGAUCAAGGGGGGCUGGAGGCGCAGGGGGCACCGGGCGCAGCGGAAGGAGUCGGCGCAAGGGGAAGCGCGGGGGAAAGGGCAGCGGGCCCGCCACCAAAGUCCCCCUCGGGGUUCAGAUUAGGGUUUGGGCUGGGUAUUCGCCCCAGCAGCAGCCAUGGCGGCCGCCCCAACACUAGCCACGGGCGCUUGGGAGGCGGAGCAACGUCGGCGAGACCGGGAAGCGGGGGAAGCAGACCGGGAAGCGGCGGAAGCAGACUGGGAAACGCGGCCGAGGGGAACGGCGGUCCGGAGCAGAGUCAGGGGCGGGGCGGGCGGGCGCACGCGCGGCGGGCGUCAGUGGACUUCGGGUCGAUGGGCGCAGGUAUCCCCGCUUCCGCCAGUGAGCCGCUAUCCCCGUUUGAAGCAGCCAAAGCGUCGCUCUUUGCGAGUCAGCAACGCCAGCGGGCUGGGAUGGGGGGAGGGAUGGCGGAAGGGAUGGGGGGAGGGGCGGGCGGAGGGGUACCGAGGCGCAGCAGCGUCGACGGCUCCGGGCGCGCGAUUGAGUCCCCCCGGUCAGCGGCCAGGCGCGGGCUGCAGUACGGGUUCGGUUCGGAUAACCGCGGAAUGGAGGUUCGGGCUGAGGCUCGGAGCCCUAUAAUGCUCGGAGCACGCGCUCGGCACAGGCUCUCCGCAGGCUCGGACUCUGUUGAUUCAGGUGGGAGCGAGUCUCCUGCGUUUUCACCUGAGGGUUCGGUGUCCCCGCAUGGGGGGGCGCUGCCGGGGAGCAGGAGCACGGGAAGCGCGCCGAUGGGGGGAUUCGCUGGGGGGAUGGGGGGUGCGCUGUCUAGCUGGGGAGCUAGGCGCGCGGGGAUCAACCCGCCGCGGCUGCAGGUGGAGGUUCACGCGGAAGAAGAGGAGGGGGAGGGGGAGGGGGAGGAGGGGAAUGUGUAUGUGGUAGAUGAGGAGGAGGACGAGGGGGAGGAGGGGGGUUCGAAGGACGCACUGUCCCCACUACCAGGAGCAGAGGGAGAACGACAAAAUCGCCCGCCCACAGCGGGGAAGAGCAAAUCGCCUCUCAAGUCCCGGAUAGCCGCAGUGGCGCGGACCUUAAAGCACGGGCUGCACAGCCCCGCGGCUGGCGCCAUGGGGGGAAUCGGAGGCAGGUUCCGCGGGGGGGGAGGUGGCAUGGGGAUGGGGGGGAUCGCGGGGGCGUUGGGCGGAGGGGGAGGCGCGGAAGCGGGAGGGGCUGGCGCGGGGGGUAGCCGCAGGCACAGGCGCGCAAUUUCGGUGGAUUUCAACCAGGCGCCGGUGUUCACCGCGGCUUCCCCCCGUGGGGGGCCGGCGGAAGGGGCGGAGCCAGAAGAGGGGGAUCUCUCGCUGUCCCUCUCCCCCCCCCACGCGCUAUACGCCUCUGGCGGCGCGGACCCCGUGUUUGACGCUAUGUCUCCCCGCCUGCUCACUCCCAAGGGUUUCAGCACUGGGUUCGGCGCCGCUGCUGGCCCCGGGCCUGCUGGCUCGGGGCUGCUAGGUUCGGCAGCGCCAGGCUCGGGCGCUGCUGCAGUGGCUGGGCGGCAGCUGGCCGGCCAGCACCGCCGGCACCACUCGUUCGCGGACCAAUCCUGGGCGGCAGGGGGAGGGGGAUGGGGAGGGGCAGGGGGAGGGGGAGCAAUAGAGGCAGCAGCCGCUGCCGCCGCCUCCGCCGCGGGGAGCGCUGCUGCUGCUGCUGGCGCAGGCCAGCUGCCCCUCACGCCUGGGCGGAACCGUGCGCUGGUAGCUGCGCGCGGAGGCGGGGGAGGCGGAGGGGCGCUGAUGCGGGGCAGCGCGCGGGAGCGGCCGUCCCCUGAAAUGGACGAGGAGGACGACGUGUGGGGCGCUGCUGCUGCAGUAACAGGGGGAGCAGGGGGGGCAGGGGGGGCAGGGGGGCGCUCGGCGGGGGGUAUCAGGGGUCUGGGCGGGGGGGGUGGCGGGAAAGGCGCGGAGAGGAGCGGGUCGGGGGCGGGGAUGGGCGCGGGGCGGGGGGGCAUGGGACGUAUGGGCGCUACCGCUACCGCUGCUGCUGCUGCUGGUGCUCAUGCUGCUGGUGGUGCGCGCAGCAGUGGCGGGGGCACUGGCAGCGGCGGCAGGGGGGGAGUAGUGCCUGCUUGCUCCUCCCUGGACAGUGCUGGCCUGGACGCUUCCCCCCUUGCAUUUCUCUCCCACGGCUCUAUCCCUGAUCGCCCCAGCACUGCCUCUGGCCCCAGCGGUAGGCUCAGGGCAGCAGCGUGGGGGAGAAUGAGAGCGGAUGGGGGAAGGAGGGACGAGAGGGCGGCGGGCGUGGGUGGGUGGGAAGGGGGAGACGGGGAAGGGGGGGAGGAGGGGGAAGGGGGGGAGCGAGAGCCGCAGCAGCAGCAGUGGCAGAGGAGGCAGGGGAGAGGGCAGGCGGCUGGUGGUGCUGGUGGUGGCGGUGGUGUGGGUGGGUGGGGGGGAGACAUCAUUGGCAGUAGCAGCAGCAGCAGCGACGCUAUUGCUACCAACCCUGCCAGUUCUGCUGCUGCUAAUGCCAGCACCGGCGGCGGCGGGGGUAGUAGCAGCAGCGGGGACAGUGGUAGCGCCAGGCGAAACCUGAGGAGGAAUAUGAGCACGAAUUGCCUUAUUGCGGCGGGUAAGGGCGCAGGAGCAGGGGCGGGAGGAGGAGGGAUGGGAGGCGGAGCCGCAGGGCAAGCAGGUGGAAUCUCAGGUGAAAGCACAGGGCUGGAUAACCAGGCACAGGGGCACGCAGGGCAGAGGGGGGAAGGGGUGCGGAGGGCAGGCAGCGUGGGGGGGGUCGGGGGGGAAGGGCCAGGCGGGGGGGAGGGGAUGCGGGAGGGGGGAGGUGGGGGAGUGGGGGAUGGAAUGCGGGUGGAGAGGCGGAACACAGUGGAUCCCCAUGCAGAGCAGUUUCUCAAGAGCCUGAGUCAGUACAUCAGCCGGGGGCUUACUGGGGAGCUGGGGCCGUAUGGAGGCGAGGGGGAGGGCGAGAAGGGCGAUGCGGAAGCCGACAUGUGGCAGGCGAAGAGCCUGAGUCAGUACAUCAGCAGGGGGCUUACUGGGGAGCUGGGGCCGUAUGGAGGCGAGGGGGAGGGCGAGAAGGGGGAUGCGGAAGCCGACAUGUGGCAGGCACAAGGGGAAGAUCCUGAGUCAGGACAUCAGCCGGGGCUCACGGGGGAGCUGGGGCCGUAUGGAGGCGAGGGGGAGGGCGAGAAGGGGGACGCUGAAGCCGACAUGUGGCAGGUGAUGAGCUCUGGCAGCAUGCGGUGGCGGGAUUUUAUCCUGCGCAUGCCGUACGAUGACGUGAAGAAGUUCUACUCGGUCAGCGCCACCAAGAUCGGCAGCGGGCGGUACGGCGUCAUUCGCACGUGUCUGAGCCGCAAGACUCGUGUGGUGCUGGCGUGCAAGACGAUAAGGAAGGACCAAGUCAAGUGCAUGGAGGACGCGGAGGACGUGCGCACAGAGGUGAUCAUUCUGGGCAUGCUGCGCAACCACCCGGGCAUCAUCAGCCUGCACGACGCAUUUGAGGAUGCAAAGUAUGUACAUCUCAUCAUGGAGAUGUGUCGGGGUGGGGAUCUAUUCGACCGGGUGAAGCUGCGGGGGCAGUUCAAGGAAACCGACGCGGCCAUCGUGUGCCGCUCUCUCGUUGAAGCGCUGCUGCACUGCCACUCCAACGGGGUGAUUCACCGCGAUGUGAAGCCCGAGAACGUGCUCAUGUGUGACAAGGACGUGGACACCAAGAUCAAGCUCAUUGACUUUGGUGUUGCCACAUUCUACAAGCGAGGCGUCCCCUGCACAGAAAGAGCAGGCACAGUGGAGUACACUGCUCCAGAGGUGCUGGAUAAGAGCUACGGGCCAGAGUGCGACAUCUGGAGCGCGGGCACAGUAGAGUACACAGCACCAGAGGUGCUGGAUAAGAGCUACGGGCCAGAGUGCGACAUCUGGAGUGCAGGAGUCGUCCUUUAUAUCCUCCUCUGCGGCUUCCCGCCGUUCUGGGCGGCGACCAACGCUGAGCUGGAGCAGAGCGUGCGGGCGGCGGCGGUCGACUUCCGCCACCCGCGCUGGGCGGCGGUGUCGGACGGCGCCAAGGACCUCGUGAAGAGGAUGCUGACGAAGGACGUGAGGCGGAGGAUCUCCGCUCUUGAGAUAUUCGGUGGGUCCGGUGGGGAGGGCUGCGGGCUAGUUGUGUGCGAAAGAGUGGUUGUGUAG